GCGGCUUCUCACCUCUUGAAGGUGUGUUUGCUCUCCUAGUCUAAUCUCGGUGGCGCUUGCGUUUCUCACAAAAGAGGUUGCCGCAUGAUCCUAUCAUGAUAUUUGCUUCUACUUAUGCCCCAUGUGGUGCAACACUCAUUCUAGCCAUGCUCUUGAUAUGAAGCCAAGCUCACAUAGAUGGAUACCUAGGUUUCAUGAACGAGUCUGAUUACAAUGGCGUCGUAAGGGACAAUAGGCUAGCUGAUGGCGUUCUGUUCAGCAUGCCCAUUACUCUUGAUGUGUCCGAGGAUACGAUCAAUGAGGUUGGCCUCAAGCCAGGAGUCAAGGUGACGCUUCGUGACCUUCGUGACGAUAGGAAUCUGGCUAUCCUUACCGUGGACGAUAUUUACAAGCCAGACAAGGUUCUCGAGGCUAAGGAGGUAUUCGGAAGUGACGACGAGGCACACCCGGCUGUUAAGUAUCUGUUCAGGACAGCAGCCGACUUCUACGUGGGUGGCAAGGUAGAGGCAGUCAACCGCCUGCAGCACUAUGAUUUCGUAGAUCUCCGAUAUACGCCGGCUGAGCUCCGACUACACUUCGACAAGCUUGGCUGGAGCCGAGUAGUUGCUUUCCAGACCAGGAACCCCAUGCACCGCGCACACCGAGAGCUGACCGUUCGGGCUGCUCGUUCGCAUCACGCAAACGUGCUCAUCCACCCGGUAGUGGGCUUGACAAAACCAGGAGACAUUGACCACUUCACCCGAGUGCGAGUCUAUAAGGCCCUCUUGCCAAGAUACCCUAACGGCAUGGCGGUUUUAGGUCUACUCCCGUUGGCCAUGCGAAUGGGUGGCCCCCGCGAAGCCAUCUGGCACGCCAUCAUCCGCAAGAACCACGGAGCAACCCACUUCAUCGUGGGCCGUGACCACGCUGGUCCCGGAAAGAAUAGCCAGGGCGUCGACUUUUACGGGCCUUACGAUGCUCAGUAUGCGGUUGAGAAGUACCGCGACGAGCUUGGCAUUGAGGUUGUGCCCUUCCAGAUGAUGACUUACUUGCCAGACAAGGAUGAAUAUGCUCCGGUUGAUCAAAUCCCGAAGGAUACCCGUACUCUGAACAUCUCUGGUACGGAAUUGCGAUCGAGGCUGAGGAGCGGCCGAGAUAUUCCCGAGUGGUUCUCCUACCCCGAAGUCGUCAAGGUAUUGCGCGAGUCACAUCCCCCACGAGCAGCCCAAGGUUUCACCAUCUUUUUAACGGGCUACACAAACAGCGGCAAAGACCAGAUUGCCAGAGCUCUCCAGGUGACCCUGAACCAGCAGGGUGGUCGGUCUGUGUCCAUGUUACUUGGCGAGACCGUCCGGCACGAGUUAUCAUCUGAACUAGGUUUCAGCAGAGAAGAUCGCAGCAAGAACAUUGCUCGUAUCGCCUUCGUCGCUGGCGAGUUAACAAGGUCCGGCGCUGCCGUUAUUGCCGCUCCCAUCGCGCCGUUCGACCAAGACCGGGCUGCUGCCAAGGAGACCGUUGAAAAAUACGGAGAUUUCUACCUUGUGCAUGUCGCUACCCCCCUCGAGUAUUGUGAGAAGACUGACAAACGAGGAAUCUACGCCAAGGCCCGCGCUGGUGAGAUCAAGGGCUUCACGGGCGUCGACGAUCCUUACGAGCCUCCUUCCAAGCCAGACUUAGUAGUCGACUGCGAGACGCAGACGGUGCGAUCCAUCGUACAUCAAAUUGUGCUAAUGUUGGAAAGUCGUGGAUUGCUGGAUCGCUUGUGAGUCCGGCUGGAUUUGUACGAUUUUCUCUGAGGCUCGUAAUGGGAUUUUGGUAGGAAUGAAUAUUUCAUUUAUAAAUAAAGGAAAACUCGGAUAUAGUUGCGAUUCAAGUACGGGAAACGCAGCGAGGACAUAAACGGCGCCUAAGUCAAGAUAACUCAACGUUAUAGAUAUAUUAUUGUGGGUAGAGUAAAGUAGCCAAGUAAUAUAUAUAUAUAUAUAUAUAUAUAUUUAUAU